AUGACAGAGGCUGACAUCGUCCCCGGUACCAUUCAUUUGGUUGACAUGGAGGGUUUCCUUCAUGUUAAGAAAGAAGCAGGCUCUAAACAUAACAUUAUUCUUGUUCCUCAACCAACAUCUGAUCCCAAUGACCCUCUUAGAUGGUCUAAAACUAAAAAGAACUUACAAUUUUUGCUUGUAUGGUUCUGGGCCUUUAUGUUAGCUGUUGCUGUUGCGUUUUUCGGUUCCUUAUAUGGUGUUUGGAUUGCAGAAGAAGGUUAUACAAUUACCCAAUUAAACAACAUGGUAGGUUUUAUUUUUGCCUUCUUAGGUAUAGGUGUGCUUACUUUACAACCAACUGCAUUGAAAAUGGGUAGACGUUUUGUCUACUUGAUGUGCUCUAUAAUUGCGUUGGUAGGUUUGGCUGUUGGUGGCAAUGCAAAAUCAAAAGGCUAUCUUUAUGCCUUUGGUAUCUUGUGUGGUUAUGCAGCUGCUCCAGUUGACUCUUUGGUUGAAAUCAGUGUGACUGAUACCUUUUUCAAACAUGAAACCGCUACAUAUUUGGGUUAUGUUUUGUUGGCUCUUUAUGCUGGUUCAUUCUUGGGUCCCACAGCUGCUGGAUUUAUUGUUCAAAAACAUAGUUGGAAAUGGACCUUUUGGACUCAAAUUAUCAUUAUUGGAGUCACAUUUAUCGUUCAAAUUUUUUGUAUGCGUGAAACCAUGUUUAGCAGACUGAGAUUCACUACAACUGAUGAUAAACUUGAAGCCGAAAUCAUCUCUCAAAUCCAGUCUCAUGCCAGUGGUGAAUUACCAGAAGAAUCUGAGAAACAUAACAAUAUUGAUGUGGCUAUUGAAUCAGACGUUGGAUCUUCAUCUCAAGAUAUAGAAAACAUGGGAGAUGUGGAUCCAACUAUUGCACCUCGUUCUUACAUGCAAAAGUUGAAGCCCUACGAAUUGACUUACAACGAUGAACGUAGCUGGUUGGCCAUUUUCAUAAGACCAUUUUCAUGUUAUUUCCCAGGUAUAAUGUAUGGAGCCUUUGUUUAUGGUUCCCAAAUGGCAUGGCUUUCGUUAUUAAACACAACACAAGCUACUUUAUUCGGUGCCCCACCAUAUAACUUUGCUCCGGAUAUGGUUGGUACUACUGGUGUGGCUGCGUUUGUAGGUUCUGCUUUUGGUAUGCUUUAUGGGGGUAAAUUGUCUGAUUACUUGAUUAUUCGUUUGUCCGAACGGAAUAAUGGUGUUUUUGAGCCUGAAUUUAGAUUAUGGGCCAUGAUUAUACCAACUUUAUUCAAUGCUGCUGGUAUUCUUGCUUAUGGGUUGGGUAUUAACAAUGGUGUUCAUUGGGCAGUACCUGUAAUUCUCGGUAAAGGGAUGUUAGGUUUUGCCAUGAGUGCUACUGGUUCAAUUACAUUGACAUAUGCUAUUGAUUGUUAUCCUAAGAUGGCUAGUGAUGCCUUUGUGUUGAUGUUGUUUAUCCGUAACUGUAUUGGAUGUGCCUUUACCUUUGGAUUUGAACACUGGUUGGAAGCUUGUGGCUUGAGUCAAUUGUCUUGGUUGUUGUUUAUGAUUAGUAUAAUUAUCAAUGGUUCCUUUGUCUUUUUCCUUAAAUGGGGUAAGAGCUUUAGAAGAUUUACAGCCUCAAGAUACUUGAGAUUAGCAGAAACCGGAGGUUCUGCUCAUUAA